AUGCUCCCCAGGACCCUCUUCGCAACGCUCAUCACGGCAACCGCAGCCCUCGCAGCCCCAGUCGACCACGGCGCCCUCGAGCCGCGCAUGGGCUGCCCGUCCGGCUGGCUAGUCUGCUCGGCCCCCUCGGCGGGCUCGUGGUUCUGCGCCAACCCCAAAGCGAACCAAUACUGCUGCGGAGGCAAGGCGUGCACGCGAACCACCUGCCCGCCGGGCAAGGUGUGCCCGUGGUAG